CUACACAAACAUGAUCAUAUAACCACCACCACCACUGCCCCGCCUCCUUCCACCAAUGGCGAUACGGCAGUACCGGCGGAUCCACCUCCUUUUCCGCCUCGCAUUGGUCUCUGUCAUGGCACUGGGGGCGUCCCGUGUCAUCCUCGACAACUUGAGGAACAACCUUCUGUGGCCAGGAUCAGUGGAAAUAAGCACAAGGCAUAGGUACACAGUUAAAAUGCCCAUUGGAGUUUCUGAGGAAGAAACCAUUGAAGAUGGAUGCAAUGUGUUUGAGGGAAAAUGGGUUUGGGAUAAUGCAAGUCGUCCUCUUUAUAGAGAAGAGAGCUGUCCGUUUCUAGUUAAGCAGACAACUUGUUUAAGGAACGGGAGGCCUGAUUCUUUCUAUCAGAACUGGAGGUGGCAGCCCAAUACAUGCAAUUUGCCGAGGUUUGAUGGUCUGAAGUUGAUGGAGAUAUUGAGGGACAAAAGGUUGAUGUUUGUUGGAGAUUCAGUACAAAGAAGCAUGUUUGAGUCCAUGGUGUGUUUAGUACAAUCUGCAAUUCCUAGUGAUGUAAGAAGAUCGCUUCAACGAAUACCUCCGAGGAAGGUUUUCAAAGUAGAGGAGUUCAAUGCGACCAUUGAGUACUACUGGGCUCCCUUCAUAGUAGAAUCCAUAUCGGACCAUGCAACAAAUCACACUGUCUUGAAACGUCUGGUGAGACUUGAUUCUGUGGCCAAACAUAGCAAAGAGUGGCAAGCAGCCAAUGUUCUGAUAUUCGAGAGCUAUGUUUGGUGGAUGUACAAACCGAUGAUUAAUGCAACAUACGGAUCGCUUGACAACAUCCAAGAAUACAACGUGACCACUGCAUAUAGACUGGCACUGGAAACCUGGGCAAAUUGGAUUGAAUCCAGCAUUAAUCCACAAACUCAGAAGAUCUUCUUCACAACAAUGUCUCCAACGCACUUGUGGAGUUGGGAAUGGAAGCCUGGAGCAGAUGGGAACUGUUUCAAUGAGACGCACCCGAUUGAAGGAUCAUACUGGGGAACGGGUUCCAAUCUUGACAUCAUGGGAAUAGUAGAAGAUGUUCUGGGAGAACUAAAGGUUAAGGUAACUUUGUUAAACAUUACCCAGUUGUCUGAAUUCAGAAAAGACGGUCACACUUCAGUUUUCGGGGAAAGGAAAGGCAAGCUCUUGACCAAAGAACAGAGAAAUGAUCCAAAGAAUUAUGCUGACUGCAUCCACUGGUGCUUACCAGGUGUCCCAGAUACAUGGAAUGAAAUUUUGUAUGCUCUGCUUUUACAAGAUUAUCGUGUGCAAUAAAAGUACAAUCAUAAAAAACUUUUGGAGAGAAUAGCAAAGUAGUGACAGAUAUUUAGCUUUAGGAAGAUCAUAAAUGCUGUAAAGAUUGGACAAAAACUAGUCUUUCCACAUUUUCAGGAAAAAAGUGGUGUCUGAAGUUCAAUUAAUGAUUAUUAAAAACUUGAGCUCCUAUUACCAACACCCAUAUUUGGAAGGUAGACAUGAUUUAUAACUAAACUAUAUAUGUGCAAUCAUCCCUGCAUUAUGAAUAACGGAAGGUAAAAUGACUAAAAUGAUGAAUGAACUGCACCGCUUACAGCAGCUCCCACUCAGUUUCGUACAUCUCUUGAGACAACUGUGUUCUCACUGCAUCUGCAUAUGUGUGGGGGAAAGUGGGUAAUGA